AUGCAGAGAAAAGAAGUAGACUCGCGCAUCCCAGCGCUCAUGCGCAACGGGAUUCAGGAAAAGAAGCGCAGCUUUUUCGUGGUGGUGGGAGACAGGCCAAAAGAUGUUAUUGUACGCCUCCAUUACAUCAUGUCCCAAUUGGACAUGAAGACAAACAAAUCGGUACUAUGGACAUACAAGAAAGAACUGCUGGGCUUCACGAGUCACCGAAAGAAGAGAGAGAACAAGAUCAAGAAGGAGAUCAAGAGAGGAAUUCGGGAAGCAAAUACUGAGGACCCAUUCGAACUUUUCGUCUCGCUGCACAAUAUUCGAUAUACGUACUACAAAGAGACGGAAAAGAUUCUUGGAAAUACUUAUGGAAUGUGUAUUCUGCAAGACUUCGAGGCCAUAACUCCGAAUAUUCUUGCGCGGACAAUCGAGACCGUUGAGGGUGGAGGAUUGGUAGUACUGCUGCUAAAAGGAAUGACCAGCCUGAAGCAGCUGUAUACCCUGUCCAUGGAUGUUCACUCACGAUACCGAACGGAGGCACAUGACGAUGUGACGGCCCGCUUCAACGAGAGAUUCAUAUUGUCGCUUGGGAAAUGCGAAUCUUGUCUUGUAAUAGAUGAUGAGUUGAACGUAUUGCCAAUAUCCGGAGGCAAAAACGUUACAGCCCUACCACCAGUGAAUCCCGAUGAGCCACAGACCGAGUCGCAGAAGGAGCUGGAGAACAUGAAGGAGAAUCUGCAAGACACACCGAACUUUGGACCAUUGGUAACACUAGCCAAAACAGUAGACCAAGCAAAAGCCCUACUCACUUUCGUGGACGCCAUUGCAGAGAAGACGCUGCGCAGUACAGUCACAUUGACAGCGGCCAGAGGACGAGGAAAAUCGGCGGCUCUAGGUGUUGCGAUAGCUGCAGCUGUAGCUCAUGGCUAUAGCAAUAUCUUCAUCACAUCCCCGAGCCCAGAAAACUUGAAGACCCUCUUUGAAUUCAUUUUCAAAGGAUUUGAUGCAUUGGGAUAUCUGGACCAUGAGGACUACUCUAUUGUUCAAUCGACAAACCCAGACUUCAAGAAGGCAAUUGUACGAGUCAACAUCCAUCGGCAACAUCGGCAAACGAUACAGUACAUUAAGCCACAGGAUGCACAUGUGCUUGGACAAGCAGAACUUUUGGUCAUCGACGAAGCUGCUGCAAUUCCUCUUCCCCUUGUACGAAAACUGAUGGGACCUUUCUUGGUGUUCAUGGCGUCUACCAUCAAUGGAUACGAGGGCACAGGACGCGCUUUAUCCCUGAAGCUGAUCGAGCAACUUCGAAAGCAGUCUAGCGGUGUUGCGAAAUCCAAUGGAGAUGAAAACACGCAAGUAAAUGACCGCUCGACUGGGAAAGCUGCAAAGGUUCAGAGCGUAUUCACAGGUGGUCGCUCACUCAGGGAAGUAUCUCUGAAGGAACCGAUUCGUUACGCCGCAGGCGAUGGGGUUGAAAAAUGGCUGAAUACAGUUCUCUGCCUAGAUGCGACCCUCGGCCCCUUACGGAAUGUGGGAUUUCCUCAUCCAUCAGAUUGCGAGCUGGUUCUUGUGAAUCGCGAUACCCUUUUCUCCUUCCACGAGGUCUCCGAAAAGUUUCUCCAGCAGAUGGUUGCUCUCUACGUUGCGAGCCAUUACAAGAAUUCUCCCGAUGAUCUCCAAUUGAUGAGCGACGCCCCAGCACACCAACUUUUCGUUCUGAUACCCCCUGUUUCCGAAAACAGCAAACGUCUACCCGAGCCAUUAUGUGUCAUUCAAGUUGCAUUAGAAGGUCAGAUUAGCAAAGCGAGUGUUGCGAACAGUCUAAGUAGAGGAAAGAGAGCGGCAGGUGAUCUUAUUCCCUGGAUUGUGAGCCAGCAAUUUCAAGACGAUGAGUUCGCAGGCUUGUCGGGUGCGCGUGUUGUCAGAAUCGCCACGAACCCCAAUUAUGUUCGGAUGGGAUACGGCAAGAAAGCUCUCGAGCUACUUGUUGACUUCUAUGAGGGCAAGUUUGCCAAUUUGUCCGAGGAUGCCGCUAGCUCUGUGGAACAAACAAUAACCCGGGUAACUGAUGAGGAGCUCGCUAAUUCCUCGCUUCUCGACGACAACAUCAAAGUCAGAGACUUCAAAAAGAUGCCGCCUCUUUUCUCUAAGCUCUCUGAACGUCGACCGGAAAAGCUUGACUAUGUCGGUGUAAGCUACGGACUGACAAAGCCUCUGCUCAAAUUCUGGGGCCAGGCUGCUUUUGCUCCAUUGUACCUUAGACAGACCGCGAAUGAACUCACAGGAGAGCACACUUGCGUCAUGGUCAGAGCCCUUGGAUCUGGCGAAGAGAUAUCAUGGCUUGGCUCUUUCUCCCGGGAUUUCCAACAUCGCUUUAUCAAGCUUCUGCAGUACCAGUUUAAGGAGUUCCCAUCCGAGCUAGCGCUCAUCAUCGAUGAGCUCGCCAACAAGGGUGCAAAACUCGACACUUCACUUCAACCAAAGCGAUUUUCCAAAGAGGAUUUGGACCGGAUACUGAAUCCAUGGGAUCUCAAGCGGUUAGCUUCUUAUGCCAACAAUAUGCUGGACUACCACGUCAUUCUCGACCUGGUCCCAGAUCUUGCGAAAUCUUACUUCAUCGGUCCCUUGAAGUCAGAAAUCACGCUCAGUGGUCUGCAACAAUCUGUACUUCUUGCCGUUGGAUUGCAAAGCAAAGAUUUCGACAUGCUCGAGAAGGAAUUGGAGAAGAUCCAAUCGGCACAACUACUCGCCUUGUUCAUCAAGACGAUGCGCAAGAUGAGCACUCACUUCACCGAAAUAGUAUCGGGCGCCUACAAGCUGGAGCUGCCAGCGCAGGAAAACAUUGGUGUAAGCCGCGAAGACGCCAGUGGAGCCCAUGACGACGAGAUUGUCGAUAACAAAUUCGUUCCUCUGGAGACCGGUCUGGAAGAAGAACUCGAGGAAGGUGGCGAUGAGGCCUUGAAGGCCUUGAAAGAGAAGCAAAGAGAGCUGAUCGAUGCGUUGCCACUAGAGCAAUAUGAGAUUGAGGCCGGGGCUCCGGGAUGGGCGGCUGCUGAAGAGCAGGUGCGCAAGGGUGGAAAGAAGAAUAUGAUUGUUAGUGUAAAGAGCGCGAAGUCCAAGAGGAAGGCAGAUGAGACUGCUGCUGAGAUUUAUGCUAAGGAAAUGGGGGAUAAGGCGCAUAAAAAGUCGAAGAAGGCUUCCAAGAAAGAUAAGGCCUAG